UGCCAUAGGUGUGGCAGCAGGGUGUACCCCGUGGAGAGGGUGGACGUGGGGGCGCUGUUUCACAGACGCUGCUUCCGGUGCCGGAUAUGCGGAUUACAGGUGAGGCUUUUAAUUGAUAUACGGAUUACAGGUGAGGCUUUUAAUUGAUACGCGGUUCACAGACGAGGCUCUAAUUGAUAUAAUUUUCCGUGAACUUAGAUUUUUUUUUUUUUAAAUUUGAACGAAAAAAAAAAUAACCCCCCCCAAAAAAAAAAACAAAGCAGAAUAAUAGAAAAUACAGUCAUCUUAUUAACAGAAGAAAAGAAGAUAAAAUGAAAUAUGACGUGGCACGCAAAUGGGGCGAAUGGAAAAGUGUAUAUUAAAUACAAGUAUUAUGAUUAGGCCGCAUGAAUAAAGACUAUUUUUGGCGCCGACGGAAGAUGACAAAGUCUUACGCGAGGCCAUUUGCGGAAGAUACUUAUUAAAUCUCAGUAUAUGUUGUAUAGCCUAUCUAUGACCCACAUUAUGGUAGUUCGCAAAUCAAGUUCUCUUGCAUAAGAAUUCAUUUCUUUUGAUGAACUUUUGUUCACAACUGAUUUUGAUAUAGUUAUUAAUUUAACAUCAUGUCUGCGUGUUUAGUGUAUAUCUCAGUUAACAGCCCGCUUUUUAUUCGCAAACUUCUUCUAAUUGAAGCUUAGUGACCCAAGAUCGCAUUUUAUAGAAGUAAAGUGACCCUUGAUCCCAAAACGUCAGCUUAGCACAUGUUUCCGGUAAGAGAAAACAUAUCCAAGAAUAAUGCAUUACUAUGUAUUUAUUGAAAUUUUAGAAAGGCAAUGAUUUUAAAUCAAAAUUAUUUUAAAUCAACAUUGUUUGAACAUCAUUACUUUCAGUGUUUACUGUGUCCGCCGACCCCUAUACGACCCCUAUAGGACCCUUACACGACCCCAUUUCAAUGGGUUGGGAACUAGCUGGUCCUCUAUUUUUAAAACUUCAUGUUAUAGAACAUCACAAUGUAUCUAACACUUUUGAUGACAUCCCUAAUGGAUAUAAACAAUUAUCCACAGUUGACACUGAGAAGUUUCCACUGGGACCAAUCCAGCGCCCCGGAUAUUUACUGCCACGCGCAUGUGCCGCGCCACGUAGGGUGCCUCGACAACGAGGCCGUAGGGAUUAAAUCUGCACUCAACGCCCCGAAAAGAGGUGUCUCCGCGUCCGACCAGGUAAGUACUUGA